GCAAGUGUCGGGCAUUUCUUGAGCUACUUGGCCAUCUGGGCUUCCCUUCAGCAGGCCAUGGCACAGAACACGACGAACCCCUGUGAUUGCGAGGCAGAAGACACUGAAUUGUCCCUGCCUCUCUGGGCUUCGCUGCCCAUCAUCGCGUUUUUAGUGAUGCUAUCUGGCCUUUUUUCUGGACUCACCCUUGGGCUCAUGGGCCUUGAUGUCAUUGGCCUGCAAAUUGUGCAGAAAGGGGAUGACAAAGAACUUGCAAGGUGUGCGGAAAAGAUCGCACCCAUUCGGGAGUCGGGCAACCAGCUGCUGUGUACAUUGCUGUUGGGCAAUGUGGCGGUGAACUCGGCGCUGUCAAUCCUCACAGCAGACAUUGCAAGUGGAUUGGUUGGUUUCCUUGUGUCAACAGCGCUCAUCGUGGUCUUUGGCGAGAUCCUGCCGCAGGCAGCUUGCUCUCGAUAUGCUUUGCAGGUUGGAGCAAGGACAGUUCCAAUCGUGCGGUUCCUGAUGAUGCUGUUCUUUGUGAUCACCAAACCCAUGAGCAUCAUCCUGGACUGGAUGCUUGGGAGGGAAGUCGGCACCAUCCACAGCCGUACGGAGCUCAUGGAGAUGUUGAAGCUGCAGAUCUCCCUGGGCGCUGUCUCGGCGGAGGAAGGGAAGAUCGCCCAGCAGGUGGCUGAAGGGGCGCUCAGCUUUCGAGACAAGUCAGUGGGCGACAUUAUGACUCCGUUGGAGGACGCGUAUUUUCUCAGCAGCGAUACGAAGCUGGGAUACGAUUCCAUCCGGGAGAUCUUUGAGACCGGAUACAGCCGUAUUCCCAUCUAUGGCACGGACAAGCACCAAUAUCGAGGGCUUCUUUAUACCAAGGAUCUUAUGUUGGCAGACCCAGAGGACGAGAUGAAGGUGGGGGACUUCAUCCAGAUCUUUAGCCGCAAGGCACGGAAAGAGCAUAGGAGACAAAGCUGGUGCAAUGCCUUAAUGCCUUCAAGAAAGGGGGCACCCAUAUGGGACUGGUCCGCAAGGUCACCAGCGGUGAUCAUCGACAUUUUUGGUGAUGAAUCAGGACAUCAGUUCAGUAAGACUGAAGUCAGGUCGCCCGGCAACAUUUGGCUCCGUAGCAACAAAGGCGCAACAAAGUUGGACGCUCUUGCCAUGGCAGGGUUGCCCCUGGAGAACCCUUGUUUGGAGGAACGAAUGGAUGAGAUACGAGAAAGGCUUGACCAGAUUGGCGCAGAUCUCAAGGGCCAGAAGGAGUUGCAAACAGAACUCCUGAAGUCCAUCAAGGAUCUGACGAGUUCCCUUGGAGUCAGUCGAACGUUGACAACAGGGAGUCAGUCGACGAAGUUUGCGAAGAAACCCUGGAUGCAGCGUGCUCAGAGCUUGCAGGAAUUGGAGUCCAAAAUGUUUGAAGAAUUUGUCGCAAGUCAGCUGAGUGGCCAGCUUGACCAUCAUCCUUCCAUGCCUAGUGAUGCUGGUAUUUACCCUCCGCCGGUUGAGCAGGGAAAGCCCAUUGAGCCUAUUGGUUCUCCAAAGACACUGGUCUCGGUGAUUCCAGGGGGCCCGGAUGCUCCUGAUCUGGAGCAUUCGAAAGCUAUGCCUGGGGUCCUGCCAGCGUCACCGUCGUCGCCUUAUUUGGCCAACCGGGAGGUGAUGGUUUCUGAAAGAGAAAAAGAACCGCAGCAGCCCAAGACUACCUCUCCUCGUUCGUCAACGUCGACGAAAUUACGUUACAUGAACGAACGGUCGCAGACACACAUCCUGGGAUCACUGAGUGAAUCCUCGGCGCUUCUCGAUGUGCCAGGGCCACUGCCACUGGACGUGGGAUCCAAACUGAUUCUCGCCAUGCCUCGCUUCCUUUACUUUGCCAUAGGCUUCCUACUUCUAUGCGAAACCGUUUUGGCGGUGGCUUGUGGGCCUGUCCAUUGUCCUUCACACGCGGGCCUGCGUUCUACGGUGGUUGAGAGCAUCACCUACAGCAUCGCGGCGGCCUUUUCAACAGCUUCAAUGAAGAAGGCGCUGACUUCCAACAACUUGAAGCUGGCUACGGGCGGCCUCCUCUCCUUCGUAGCAGAGCUUCAUGUGGAUUGGAUUUCAGUCUCUGGCAAAGAAGGCUGCAAAUACGCUGGUGUUUGGCUAAUGAUGGUCCUGAGCUUGGUCACUACACGCUGCUUGGGCACCUUGCAUCGCCUGAAUUCCAACAGCUUCGUCUUCGACUUGACUCAUGAGAUGAUGCUGAACAGCAUGGACGUUUUGUCGUUGCUCACCUACUGUGCGUCUUCUGCAUUGGUCACAGCGGCCGCCUACGCCCAGUCACAUUUGUUGCUGGGCUUGGACAAGUCACUGGACUGCUGGUGUUCUCGCAUUCUGGACCUGCCAGAUUUUCGGCAAGGUGCGGUCUUUAGUACAAGUCACGUCAAAUGGUUAUCCGGUGUAAGCAAGGCCCUGGUUUGUAUAAGUUGGCGCAAGUAUUUUGGUGAUAGAUAUAUGGCGUAA